AUGGGCGUCCGCAGCAAAGCCACAGCCCUCGGCGGCACGGGCGUCCGCAACAAAGCCACAGCCCUCGGUGGCACGGGCGUCCGAAACAAAGCCGCAGCCCUCGGUGGCACGGGCGUCCGCAAUAAACCCCUAGCCCUCGGCAGUAUGGGCGUCCACGACAAAGCCACAGCCCUCGGUGGUACGGGCGUCCGCGACAAAGCCACAGCCCUCGGUGGCACGAGUGUCCGUGACAAAGCCACAGCCCUCGGUGGCACGAGCGUCCGUGACAAAGCCACAGUCCUCGGCGGCACGAACGUCCGUGACAAAGCCACAGCCCUCGGUCGCACGGGCGGCCGCGACAAAGCCACAGCCCUCGGUGGCACGAGCAUCCGCGACAAAGCCACAGUCCUCGGCGGCACGGACGUCUGCAACAAAGCUAGAGCCCCCGACAGUACGGGCGUCUACGACAAAGUCACAACCCUCGGCGGUACGGGCGUCUGCGACAAAGCCACAGCCCUCGGCGACGCGAACGUCCGCAACAAAGCCACAGCCCUCGGCGCCACAGCGAGGCUGAGGAGAGGGUAG